UAAAUCCAACUUAUGCAUUGGAUAACCUUCUUUUCUUUAGCAUUUCUGUGUCUCUUUUUGGUAACUCAAAUGUCUUAUUUAAUGGGUUUGUUUCACAGUGAUUGUGCUGGUGGAGACAUUGUUUGAAAGUUUAGGAAAAGGAAAAAUGAAUGCAAUAGUAUAUUUUUAAGUGUUAGAAAAUGUAUAGGCUUUAAAACUCCUUCUAAAGUAAGUGUGAAGAAUAGGUUACUUUUUUGACCAUUAUGAUUUACUUAUUUUACAGAUUCUGUUAUAGUUUAUGGGGAAAAAAGUUUUGGAAAGAGAAGCUUCAGAAAAGCUUUCUGUUGCUUGGGUGUGGGCCAGGUCACAUGGAUUGGGUGUGGGAAGUUUCAGUGUUGCAGAACAGACCAGGAAGCUCCCUGAGAAUUAUCCUGAGCUGUGUUAACAAGCUUACAAAAGAGAACACAGAAUUUGUAUUCAAAAUGGAAUGGUUAAACGUCUUUAAAGAUUUUUUCAGCAUUGGAAAAGUGAAAAGAAAACCUAGUGUGCCAGAUUCUGCAUCUCCUGCUGAUGAUAGCUUUGUUGACCCGGGGGAACGUCUCUAUGACCUCAACAUGCCUGCUUAUGUGAAAUUUAACUACAUGGCUGAGAGAGAGGAUGAACUAUCACUGAUAAAAGGGACAAAGGUGAUCGUCAUGGAGAAAUGCAGUGAUGGGUGGUGGCGGGGUAGCUACAAUGGACAAAUUGGGUGGUUCCCUUCAAACUAUGUAACUGAAGAAGGUGACAGUCCUUUGGGUGACCAUGUGGGUUCUCUAUCAGAGAAAUUAGCAGCAGUUGUCAAUAACUUAAAUACUGGGCAAGUGUUGCAUGUGGUACAGGCUCUUUACCCAUUCAGCUCAUCCAAUGAUGAAGAACUUAAUUUUGAGAAAGGAGAUGUCAUGGAUGUUAUUGAAAAACCUGAAAAUGACCCGGAGUGGUGGAAGUGCAGGAAGAUCAAUGGAAUGGUUGGUCUGGUGCCAAAAAACUAUGUCACCAUCAUGCAGAAUAAUCCAUUAACCUCGGGUUUGGAACCAUCACCUCCACAAUGUGAUUAUAUUAGGCCUUCACUUACUGGGAAGUUUGCUGGCAAUCCUUGGUAUUAUGGCAAAGUCACCAGGCAUCAAGCAGAAAUGGCAUUAAAUGAAAGAGGGCAUGAAGGAGAUUUCCUCAUUCGUGAUAGUGAAUCUUCGCCAAAUGAUUUCUCUGUAUCACUAAAAGCACAAGGGAAAAACAAGCAUUUUAAAGUUCAACUCAAAGAGACUGUCUACUGCAUUGGGCAGCGUAAAUUCAGCACCAUGGAAGAACUUGUAGAACAUUACAAAAAGGCACCAAUUUUUACAAGUGAACAAGGAGAAAAAUUAUAUCUUGUCAAGCAUUUAUCAUGAUACUGCUGCUCAGAAGUGACUGCUGUACAGCUUUAAUUCAUCAUGUAAUUGAAGACUGAGAUAACGUUGGUCCAGUCAUACUUGAUUGGAAAUUGCUAUUUCUAACUCUGUAUGAGAAUUGACUAUAUACCAUAGGUAUUUUUAUUAUAACUCAGCUCAUUCACAUAUGCUACGUAUGCAAUGCAUUCACAUAGAACAAUUCCUUAUCUUUGGUCUUCUGUUAUUUACUUUUUCCUUUUUGCUUCUAAUAUUGAGGUUUUGUAUUUUGAAAAAAAGUCAAAUAAUACAGAUCAGAAGUCUUUAUAUGGAAGAAUUCCUCUAUUGCCAUUUGUUUAUUUCCUUUUAGUGGCACCCUGUUAGUUCUGCAAUGGUUUCUCUUCAUAUAAAAUUAUAUAUAUAGCAUAUGGUAAAAUAAAUUUCUUGGAGAAUGUUAAUCUUUUCUGUGACUAAAUAGCAAUAAUAAAUGAAAAAUUAGAAAUUAUUUUCAGGUAUUGUAUUUGCCACAGCCAUUGUAAAUACAAAGUAAAGUAUUAUGUCUGCCAUUAUUUUUAAAAAAUGCAUUCAUUAUCUUCAAUGUACUACAAAGCAGGUGGGACAUGGGUUAGAAAACAGCUUGUACAAUUUUAAUUUAUAACUGUUGGAAGCAAAAAUCACUAAAUUCUUCAUUUUGGGAGGUGUUUUUUGUGGUUAUUCAAGAGAACAGAGCAAUCUCUAAAAUAUUUAGCUUAAAACUAAACAGCUGCUGUAGUGUUGCUUUCUCUCCUUGUGUUAUUUUACCAAAGCAUCUUGUAUAAGUACAUGUUAUAUUUAUACCAGGGUGAAAUAAAUUACGUCUGACUUUUGGGGAAAUAGGAGGCAGUCAGAUACCUAUAGUUUUUCUCCCUAAACAUCUGUAAUUGUUAGAAUAGUGUUUCCUGUUUUCAUUUCCUACAUUUGUUCACUGGGACACUAAAAUUGUAUAUCUGAGGGAAAAGUGGAAUGUGCUUAUGAUUAGGGAGUUCUAUUUUAUUUACCAGAUAGGAGAGUGGGUGUCUGGAUGAGAGGCUACUGGAAAGUAUUGAAUCUACUUCUGUAGGCUACAGAAGAAAACCAGUUGUAUUUUAUGGUCACAGCUUUUCUCUCCAGUAUUUAUUCUGGAGAUUAAAAUUUAAGCAGGUAACCAUCAACAUUUUAAUAAUGGUAACAACUAAAACCACAUAGCUUAGUAAACAUUAGAAAGUCAUAUAUUUUAAAAAAUGUCUCCAAUACUACCAAAGCCUCUGAAUGUUUCCAUUCUUUGCUGUUGUAAACAUUCAGUACACCAGAAUUACUGAUUGUAACAUGGAUAUUUUAUAAUUUAUGAGAUUUUUCUUUCUCACUUCAUUGAUUAAAAUACUUUUUUUUUCUUUAUUUAAAUCUGAAAACCAGAGACUUACAUUGCCACUGGGUGGCAGGCCUGGCUUCUCCCACUAACAGCAGAAAUCAACAGAUACAAUUAAGACAUCAGUGUACAAAUUUUGAUUUAUUACUUAUGCUUUUAGAGCCUUUUAGUUCAUAUUUCAUUAUCUUUCUAAUUUGGGUGCUCCCUUAUUAUUGAGUGGAUAAGUUUAAUGUAAAUAAAGAUCCAGUGUGCUUA